AGUGGCCGAGAGGACCCCGGAAACGCGCCUCGCGUGUCGGCAGCGCGCUGCAGCUUCCAGGAAGCGGAACGAAUGAAGUUCAUUUCUCACAGCUGGUGAUGGCGGAUGCUGUCGAAUUAGAGACCAUGAAGAAUUAUAACAUAGCGUUUGAGAGGAUAGACCCGAGCAUAAGCCGCUAUCCCUACUGUAUUGUAUGGACGCCAAUCCCCGUGUUAUCAUGGCUUUUUCCAUUCAUUGGCCAUAUGGGCAUCUGCACUUCCACUGGAGUGAUCCGUGAUUUUGCAGGGCCAUACUUUGUCUCAGAAGACAACAUGGCGUUUGGAAGACCAACAAAGUACUGGAUGUUAGAUGUAAGUAAAGUGCAUGCCAGUAGUGGAUCUAACGCCUGGGACACAGCAGUUCACAAUGCAUCAGAAGAGUAUAAACAGAGAAUGCACAACCUUUGUUGUGACAAUUGUCACUCGCAUGUUGCCAUGGCACUGAACUUGAUGCGCUAUGACAACAGCACCUCGUGGAAUAUGGUCAACCUCUGCCUGCUGUCACUCAUUCACGGCAAACACGUCAGUUGCGUUGGUUUGCUGAAGACCUGGCUUCCUUUCUGCAUCUUAACCAGUGUCAUCCUGGCCGUCGCCCUGUCUCUAAACCUGCGAUGACCGAUCCGGAUCAGAUAGAGGUGCGGCGGCUCAGGGUGAGUGUCCGGCACCCAUCGGGGACACAUAUCUUCAGCUUAAGGGGGACUCGUACGAACGUCAACUUCAAGUCCGGCUCUUCAGAAGCUACACGUCAAACAUCAAAUGCUAGACCUCUUUGUCGUAGGGUAGAGACUGCACACACACACACACACACACACCAUGGCUUCAACGUCUUGUGGUGAUGUAAGAAACGCUCCUCUUCCAAAGGCAUGACUUUAGUGUCUCUCGUGAGGGUUAUGGUGCUCAUUCAUCGUUUGGGGAGAUUCUGAUCUCCAAACUAUAACUAUAAACCUGUGUUUAGGACAAGUAACACUACUUAUAUUGUCUUCUAUUUUGAAUAUAACUUGAAUAUUUCUGAGGAUGAUAUGCUCUUUCUUUAUUGCAGAAUCAGUGCAUUAUAUUUUGAGAUAUACUGGAAGAUGGAUUUCCCUUCUCACCAUGUACAUUGAAAAAAAUUAUAUGCUUUAUCUAAUCAAUAAAAUUGUGGCAACAGAUUACAAGCAAUAUUAUUAAUUAAAAUUUGUACAAAUUUUAAUUAAUUUGAACAAAUUAGAAUUGAGUAACAGUUAAUCAAAUUAAUAUUCUAUUUAAUAAAUAAUAUUGCUUGUAUUCUGUUGCCACCGUUUUAUUGGUUAGAUAAAGUAUAUUCAUUUUUACAGUGUAUAUGAAAGCUUAUUUUAAUUAUUGUUUUUAUUUAAGAACACACUUUGUCGUUUUAUUAGCAAGGCUAACCAUCAACAAAUAUAGCUUUUGUUUUUAAUAUUGUAGAUUGGCAUGCUUUAAAGUGUUGUUGUUUUUUUUUGUGCACAUAUGCACAUACAAAAUUUGAUAAUUAAUGCAUAAGCAAAGUCUUGUAUUCAUUAUAGAUUUAAAGCAUUAUUUGCACCAAACUAUUGUUACCAGCUAUAUAUUACAUUUUCCAGUUAUUAUAUUCCUAUUUGUGACAUUCCUAAGGGAAAAUGUAGGCUGGGAAUUGACUUUAUCCACUGGGAAUUGAUGUUCCAUAGCAGAUUGAAUGCAACAGGUUGGCAUUGGUGACUUUAGCUUAAAAUGGCCGUUGAUUUAGUCGGUUAAUUUGAGGAAUUGCUACAAAGACAGACAUUUAUGCCCGGUUUCACAGACAUGGCAUUGAUAAAUCCAGGAUUAGGCCGUAGUUCAAUCAGGGCAGCUUUUUAAAAUGUGCCUUAAAAAAAAGAAAAAAGAAACAUUAUUGGUGUGCAUCCUGAGACAAUGUAAUAGCUCUGACGUAUUUUAAUAUAUCUCAGUGCAAGUUUAUUUCAGUUAAAACAGCUCAGUGCAUUAUAGUUUGGGACUAGGCUUAAGCCGUGUCUGUGAAACCAGGGGUUAUUUUUCUACAGGCGAUCCUAAAGGAAAAUAAUUGAGGUUAUCAUUUGUUGCUAAGUCUUUGUUGUCCUGAGAAUUGACAUUAAUUGCAGCAGGUUUGGAUGUUCUGUUUGAAAGCUUUACUCUUUCAAUCAUGAAACUUUUAAUGUUUUCAAAUUUUGUUUUUAAAAGAAAUAUCAAAGGGUAUAAUGGCAUAGUGUUAUGCCUAGUCUAACAAUCAUUUCACACACACACAUAUCUUCAUAAAUAAACACACACAAACACACACUUAUAUAUAUAUAUAUAUAUAUACCUGCGUGUAUGUGUGUCAUUAUUUCGCCCCAAGAUCGAAAUAAUUUUUGUUCAAAGUAAAUGAAGCCUAUUUUUAUAUUAUCUUGAGAAUGUUUUUUUUUUCAUGGCAAAUAAGCACAUUUCCUACAUGACAAAAACUAAUAUGAUAUUAUUGUAUAUGAAGACUUACCACGUUAAAUCUACACUCAAAAAAGUGAACUAGGAAGGUUGUGCACUUUAUUUAGUUUACUUAUAAUAAUUGUGUUUUUUGACUUGAAAUGUUUUUUCUAUUAAGGUGUAUGUAAUUAUGUCUCAACUUAAAAGUACAAAAUCCUAACGCGUUGUCUAAACACAAACCAUUUAUGUUGAGUAAAAAAUUCGUACAUCCAGAGGGUGGCAGUAUAGAGCGAGACAACUGACACUUUACCCGAACUUAAUUUGAUUGUGUUCAAUCUGCUUAAAUAUACGUACAACUGAAGUUUACUUAAUCCGUUUGUGUUGGAU